AUGGCCACUUCGCUUUCAACCCAAGAUUUUGUCCUUGCAGCGUCGCUAUUUGUAGGAGGAGCAUCUGUGGGGUACUGGAUUGGUGCCAGACAUCUCUACUCGCAAACAAUAGCGGUGAGCGGUCAGGACCAGAACCCAGAUGCCCAAGGUGCCGCUAGUGACGGCGAACUGGGUAGCGUUAAGCCAGGAAUCAUGGAGGAGAUCAAGCUCGCCCUGGUUGUGCGCUCUGAUCUUAGUAUGGGUAAGGGCAAAAUGGCGGCGCAAUGCUCUCACGCAACAUUGGCAUGCUAUAAAGCUUUGGCAAGCAGCAAUGUCAAAUUGCUCAAUCAUUGGGAGAGGUCUGGGCAAACCAAGGUCGUAUUGAAAUGUUCCAGUGAGGACGAACUGAACGAGCUACAAGCUCAAGCUCAGGGCUUGAACCUCUGUGCGCGGGUUGUCCGAGAUGCGGGACGGACGCAGAUAGCAGCGGGCUCCAAAACAGUGCUUGGUAUUGGGCCAGGGCCCGCUCGUCUCGUCAAUCAGGUUGCGGGGAGGCUGAAGUUGCUAUGA